AUGGACACACUUCCACAAUCCAUGAAAGCGGCAGUCUUUGACAAGCAUGGCGACUUCUCUGUCCUUCGCCUAGACGAACAGCAUCCUCUCCCGACCGUAAAUGAGACGGACGUCCUGGUAAAGGUCCAUUAUGCCGGGGUAAACUUUGUCGAUAUAUACCAGCGCAGUGGCCUCUACCCGGUCAAGCUACCUCUGCAGGUCGGCCGUGAAGGAGCCGGCACCAUUGUUAAGAUUGGUUGCAAAGUGCCUCCGUCAUAUGGCAUCCAGGUUGGGGACCGAGUGGCAGUCUUCACCCAAGGAACCACAGCAGAAUACGUCUCUGCGCCCUCAGAGAGCGUCAUGGUUUUGCCUCCAUUGGUAUCAAUAAGGCAAGGUGCUGCGCUCAUGCUUCAGGGGCUGACGGCGUGGACUAUCGUUCAAGAUGCCCACAAGGUCGAGCAGGGAGAGAUGAUUCUUAUCCAAGCGGCAGCCGGAGGCACAGGCGGUAUGCUGGUGCAAAUGUGCAAGCACCUCGGAGCAACUGUGAUCGGUACUGUGUCGACGCCGAACAAGGCAGACAUUGCGAAGAAACACGGAUGCGAUCAUAUUAUUCUAUACAAGGAUAACGAUGUUCAGGAGGAGGUGAUGAAGCUGACGGGCAAUAAGGGCUGUCAUGCGGUCCUCAGUGGAGUUGGAGAGGCUACGUUUCCCCAAGACCUGGCCUGUACGAGGAGAAAGGGGACUCUGGUUUCGUAUGGCAACAGCAGUGGCGCUGUAUCUAGUUUCCGAGUCCUGGAUUUGAGCAAGAGAAAUGUCAAGCUUGUGCGACCAACUCUGGCGAACUAUAUUACUGAAAGGGAUGAGUUUGUCCUUCGAUCACAGCAGCUACUUGACCUGGUUGGAUCUGGAGUCGUGCGGCCAGAGUUUGGUGGUGAAUAUCGCUUGGAAGAGGUGGGGAAGGCCCAGGACGACCUUACGACGCAGAAGACAACCGGAAAACUGCUCAUCAGAAUACAAACUGAACAAUAA